AUGAGACUUUCUGUAAUUUUAGUGUUCGCGAUUUUUAGUGCACUUGUGGGGGCACUUGAGGACUUGCAACACAGUGAUAAAUCAUGCCGUGAGUGUAACAAAGAAUCUUUGAAAUAUCCAAGGUGCAUGCAGAACAAAUGCGAUUGCAGAAAACCUCCUAAAAGAGAUCAAGUGACUUUAAAUUCGGAAUUAGGCGAUAAUAAUAUUACCGAUGUUGAAAUACCUUCAACUAUCAUCAACACAACAACCCUAUUACAAUCAUUCGUAAAUCCUCCAAGGUUACACUGUAAGGAAACGGACUUUUUGAUUUUACUAUGGACUCUUCCGGAUGAAGUAGACUAUUAUUUCGUACGAUUUUCAACCGUCGGUAUGAAUGUAGUAAUUAGAGAAACUCCUUUGAGACGAUGUAGAUAUGUAGCUCUUAUGGACAUGCAACCAGAUACAUUAUACAGUAUAGAACUUCAUGGCUUUAUUUUUAAUCCAAAUCGACAAACUCAACGUGUGCAAAGCCGCCCCAUAUUAAUACGUACUAGAAAAGAAGGUAUAACUCCAAGAUCUAUUAAUAAUUUUUGGCUCAGCAAAUUUGAGUUUAAAGAUAAAAAAUAUACCGCUAAUGUGCAAUGGACUGGAGGAAGAGAUCCUCCUUGUUUUUAUAAGAUAACUUACUUUUCACCUAUGGGAGAUUAUGAAGAAGUCAACAUUGAUCCAUUCGAACUAGAUUACACUUGGGCUAUACCAAAUCUUAUAGUUGAAUCAAAUUAUCAAAUAGCACUAACGCCGUAUACAUCACCCGAUGAUUUUCCGGUAUUAGAAGGUAAAAAAACUUGGCUAAACAUCACUACACCCUCGUGUAUUGAAACUUUCCAUAGUACCAAUAAGUGCGUUCCUGAAGAUCCAGAAGAUAUAAUGGUUGUAGAAAACGUUUUGGGAAAUUUAAGAUCUGUUAUACAUUACAAUGUUACUGUUAAAUGGAAAGAGCCAAAGUAUCCACCGUCUAGUUAUAUGAUCAGCAUUUUAUUUAUUAAUACCGAAAAUCCUUACAUAUUGGUGUCACAUAAUAUUUCAGGGGAUCACACGAAUUUUACAUUUUUUGAUGUAGCACUACCUUCGAAUUAUGGAGUAUCGCUAAUAGCAUAUUCUGCACGUGGUGCCAGUAAACCUGCUUAUAUCGAGCGACAUACAGUGGUAAAAAUAAACGAAAGUGAGCAGGUUCUUGAUCCUCCUCCAAAAGUAUCAAACAAUCUCACAGUUAUUAUUGCUCCAGUAGCCGCACUAAUUGUUUUGCUUAUGAUAACUGCAACUAUCUUCAUUAUUUUAAGGAUAAAGAAACGGGAAAAAAGUUUUGAGGACAGCAAUAAUAAAUUUAUACCUGGUAAUUUAAAUACAGCUAUAAUCAUCCCCAUGAAAGCAGAUGAAUGGGAAAUUGAUGUGAAUAAGCUGACAAUAAAAGAAGUUUUGGGUAACGGUGCUUUUGGGGUGGUAAGAAAAGGCUGGUAUAUGAAAACUAAAGAGAAGGAAAUAGAAGUUGCUAUCAAAAUGUUAAGAGAAAACCCAACUUCUGAAGAAAUUCAACAAUUCCAACAAGAAAUCCAAUUAAUGAAAGCUGUUCCAGUUCAUCCUAAUCUAGUAUCGAUGAUUGGUUGCGUUACUCAAGGACAGCUUCUUUUAGUUGUAGAAUAUUGUCCAAAAGGCGAUCUUCAAACUUAUUUAAGAGUGGCUGCAGAUAAAAUGUUAAAAGCAAAUCUUAUAAAAGGAAAUGAUUAUGUAGAAAAAUCGGUAUUCAACAAGAUGUACGAAUUUGAUCAACUUGAUCUCGAUGAUAUUCCUCAACCCAAAGAUCUUAUUUCUUUCGCUAGGCAAGUUACUCUGGGAAUGGAAUUUCUAUCAUCUUACAAACUAAUCCAUCGUGAUCUAGCUGCCAGAAACGUAUUGAUUACCGACGACAAUAAAGUAAAAAUAUCCGAUUUUGGGCUAAGUCGUGACGUCUAUUACAACAACAUGUACUGCAAAUCGUCAGGAGGAAAAUUGCCGAUACGUUGGAUGGCUCUGGAAUCCAUGACCCAUCAGAUGUACACAACCCAUAGCGACGUUUGGUCAUUUGGAAUUCUUCUCUGGGAAAUUACCACCUUGGGCGGGACACCGUAUCCUGGAAUACCUACUCAGGAUAUUAUGGGAAUGUUGAAGAAAGGAUAUAGGAUGGCAAAACCUGAUAAUUGCUCUGAUGAAUUAUACGUCAUAAUGUGUAAAUGUUGGAUUGAAAAACCUACCAGCCGACCUUCCUUUACAGAGUUAAAAAAGAAUCUGGAUGAUAUACUUUCUUCGUUCACAGAGUAUUUAGUUUUAGAUCCUUCACUAGCCUACAAAUAUAAAGAUUUUACAGUUAAAGAAGAUAAUAUUAAAAGAUAA